AUGGACACAACAAGUGCACGUGUGGAGUCUGUUAACGCUGCGCCUGCAUCAUCAGCUGGCAAAGACAUAAAACCAAAACCAGAUUUGUUUGACCCCGAAGAAUAUACUCUAAGGAAACGCCUGCCCCCAAGACUCCCCAAGCGCAAAAAUGAUAUAUACGUCAGUCGAAAAACGGACUUCAAACAGCAGUUUGCUCGCUGUCAAAAACUAUUCGAUUCUGGUUGGAAUGAAGUUUAUAUUCACGGUUUAGGUGCUGCAAUCAACAGAGCAGUCAACCUAGCGUUACAGCUUAAAGACAAAGGGAUGGGAACUCUGGACCUGGCGGUUCACACUUCAACAGUUGAACUAACAGACGACUUCGAGCCAGAGACUGACGACCUGGAACCUGAAAGCAGGUCUAGAAAUAAUUCCACGGUUCAUAUUAAAGUUUUUCGUCUGAAGGAAUUUCAAAUGGAAAAGGACGCCACACUAGAAGCUGUUGCAAGUACUCUUAAGCAAAAGCACCACAUGAAAGAUUCCUCCUAG